AUGCUAUUCGACAUAAGCAAUUUAAGCGAACUAAAUUUGAGCGAAAUUUUAGAAACGCAUUGCAACUUAUGUAGUAUGCAGUUUGUGAAUGAUAAUCGAGUUAUUCGUCGAUCUCUAAUUGAUGGUUCGAGGAUUCAUGCACCUAAAACUGAUGCCGAUGACAUGAAUCUGCAGAUGUAUAUAGAACCACCAACUGAAGAUAUUACAUUGGUCGAGUUUGAAGAAAUGGCUUUACACAGACUUAAAGUUUUGAAAAAAAUUGAAGAAUUAAGAGACUUUAAAAUUAUGUUAUCUUUGCAGGAAUUGUCAAAACUUAUGCCUCUCGCUUGUGGUUUAUGUCCACAUGAAAAACUUGUAGAAGAGCGAAAGCGUGAUUUAAUUUCUCAUUUUAUUCUUCGACUCGCUUUUUGUAAAACGCCCGAGCAAACCAAAUGGUUCAUUCAACAUGAAAUUGAAUUAUUCAAAUAUCGUUUCCAGUUGAUUGUGUCGAUGAAUUUUUGGAAAAUUCCUUUUGUGGAUGCUCUUGAUUUAAUGCGCAAGCGUAAAGUAUAUUUGCAGUCAGGAUAUGCUUACGUUUCUCAACAAGAUUUGGCUACUAUUAUAUGUACUCGUUUACGCUUAGUUAUCUCGUCAGCAAUGGCAGUAAGUUUGUAUAUUGGUUUCAUAGAAGAGGAAAAUCGACUGAUACCAUUAUUAAAUAAACUUACCAGUAAAAUUUAUUUGGGAAAAGAAUACACUGGUAAAGAAAAUGGCACGAAACAAAUUACACCAAAUAUGCUUGAUAAACUAUCAUUAACUUCAUUUCCUCUAUGUAUGCGACAAAUUCACGUUCGUCUUCGUCAAGAUCAUCAUCUCAGGCAUGGUGCACGAAUGCAGUAUGGUUUAUUUUUGAAGGGCAUUGGUUUAUCACUUGAAGAUGCACUGGCAUUUUGGCGUGCUGAAUUUACAAAAAAGAUGGACAGCGAUAAGUUUGACAAACAAUACGCCUACAAUAUUCGCCAUAAUUAUGGCAAAGAAGGAAAGCGUGCUAAUUAUUCUGCAUAUCCUUGCUCUAAAAUUAUUUUAGGCGCAGCGCCAACGGUUCAAGACUGCCAUGGGUGUCCUUAUCGACACAACGAUUCGCGCACUUUGGCAGUGAAACUAGAAUCUUUCGGGAUUUCUAAAGAAAAUAUAAAUAUCAUCAUCACUCUGGCAAAGUUAUCACAGUACGAUCGCGCAUGCACGCGUUACUUUGAAUUCAUGCACAACAUGAGCGAAGAUUCUUUAGGUUGCCUUAUUACUCACCCAAAUCAGUAUUUCGAGCUGUCGCAGAAGCAAAACAACUCACAAAUUUGGUAA